UUUACCUAGAAUCCAACAUGGCGGCAAAAUUAAACAAUCUCAGCACUUUGCAGGAAUCAUGAAAUCAUAUAUACUAUUUUGAAUUACGGCUUUGACUCAUCGAGAAUCACAGUGGUUGGAAUCCUAUUCCUCCAAGCAAGGAUGUGGAAGUACUGUAUCCUCGGCCUAGUAGCAAGACUUGCUCUCUUGAUGUAUGGAGAAUGGCAGGACCGCACCAUGGAGGUCAAAUUUACAGAUGUCGACUACUUUGUUUUCGAUGAUGCAGCAUCUUUUGUUAAUGAGGGACAAUCCCCAUAUGAACGAGCCACCUACCGCUACACCCCAUUGUUAGCCUUCAUGCUCCUACCCAACAAAUGGUUUCACAGCUUUGGGAAAAUACUUUUCAUCAUAUUUGAUGUGUUGACUGGAGCUCUGACAUAUUCCAUCGUAUCCUCCAAAGGCCACAGUCACAAGACAGCAGUUAUCUGUACCUGUCUCUGGUUGUUCAACCCCCUCCCGAUGGCUGUGUCUAGUCGAGGAAAUGCAGAGAGUAUUAUGUCCUUUCUCGUGCUUGCAACUCUUCAGCUGUUAGAAAACCGCCAUAUUUUCUUGUCUGCAGUGUCCUACGCCUUAGCAGUUCACUUUAAAAUCUACCCUGUCACAUAUGCGCUGCCAUUGUACUUGUUACUGGGAAAGGAUUUUGAAAAAGACAAGGUUCAGAGAUUUCCAAGAUCCAAAUUUACUCAGCUGAAGAAAAGGACAAAAGAUGAUGUAUUUGUGUUGAAGGAGGUGCUACUGGACUUGGUCCCCAAUAUCAACAGACUGGUGUUUGCGUUAGUGGGAGCUGUUGUGCUGGGAGGACUGACUGCAGUGUUCUACUUGUGGUAUGGCUGGGAGUUCCUGUAUGAGACCUACCUAUAUCAUGUGGUUCGGCAAGACACACGCCACAACUUCUCACCGUACUUUUACAUGCUGUAUCUGAUGGGUGUGGCUCCUUCAUCCACGUGGAUCAAGAUCCUUGCCUUCCUACCACAGCUUCUCCUCGUUCUCACAUUCGCCAUCAAGUUUUAUAAAGACCCACCCUUCUGCUGGUUCCUCAUUACAUUUGCUUUUGUAGCUCUCAAUAAAGUGUGUACGUCACAGUACUUCCUGUGGUAUCUAUGUCUAGUUCCACUUAUUCUCCCCCUCAUCAACAUCUCCGUGUCCAGGGGAGUCGUGCUGACCACUCUCUGGUUCCUUGGCCAGGGUAUUUGGCUUUUACCAGCAUACUACCUGGAGUUUGAAGGCAUGAACACCUUCCUGUACAUCUGGGCUGCUGGACUGUCAUUCUUCACCAUCAACACCUACAUCCUCUACAUCCUCAUCACAUGCUACAGGCCUGUAAACAGUCAAACUAGGACUAAAACCAAAGUUCCCAUGAAAGUUCAAUGAUUGCAUCUGUUUGUAUUGACCCCAGUCUGCUUGUCAAACACUCAGAGGGGAGGUCAAAUACCGUAAAUCAUGAACAACUUAAAGCAAAAUGUAUUAGUGCCACUUGAUGACUUCAAAAAAUGACACCAUUUUAUCUGGUCACACUGGAUUGUAGUUUGAUGACUGGUUCAUUAGGGGCAUACUUCACACAACAAAGCUGCCAAUAAACAAUAUAAUUUACUGCCUGACCUGUGUUUCUGGAAGUCUGGUCACGGUUACGACAGUCACCUACCAUGUGUGUCAGCUUCUUGUUCUUGAAACUUGUCGAAUGAUUAUGGGCAGUGCUCAACUACAUAGUUAAAAUGUCAGGCAACUGACACAGACACAUUGCUUAUUGAAAACAAAUCACUGCUCACUAGUAUUCAUAAGAUCAUGCUUAAUUGUAUAACAACACUUGAGAACUUUACAGUACAUGUAUUUGCUGACAGGACUUAUCUUGUUUGGAUUUACAAUAUUUGCCGAUAAUUUAGAUGGGUGUGUUUCAGUUCCCGGGGUAUGGCUACUGCCAUUCAUUUCAAGAUCCUUUCUAUGCAGGCUAAGGUACUGGCAUUAUUUGGGAUAUGUGUUUCAUUAAAACUGGAAGGGACCUAUCUCUCUCUGUGAAUACACAAACACGUGUUUUUAAGAGAAGGAUAUAUAUUUGUUUGAAUUCAAAAUUUAGAUAUCAGUUCUUUGAAGCCAUUAGUUUGUUAUGCAGGAUUUGUUAGUACCGUAACUUUCAUAAAGAAAUACGUCGUAAGGCUGUCAGGCUUUUGAAAUGGUUAGUUGUGACUGAUGUUAAGUUAUAUGUUUGUUAUAACCGUGUACUGCAUUAUCUGAUCAGCACCUAGAAGACCGGACAACUAUUAUGUCAGCUCUAAAACGUGUUGUAUCAAAAUAACGAAACAUAUCAGCCUGCAAAAGAAUGUUAUUUGCCCUUCUCUAUGUCUGGAUGUAUGAAGAUAUGGAAGAUGUAUGGCACAUCUUACUUGUUUCUAGGUCAUUCUUUUUCGUUAUGAAGAUGUAAAUUUUAAACACAGAGAGAUUUUAGAGUUCAGUUCACUGAUUGAUUGUAUUGAACUUCUUCUGUUAUCUAAAAUAUGUGUUAUAACAUUAUUUGAACUUUUACAUAUAUAAUGUAAAUCACUAUUUAUUUUACUUAUUAUGUUUGUGUUUUGUGCUAGGUGUAAUCAUGACAGUGUCACCUACUUAACAUUCAGCAUCAUUAAGUCUGCAUUCCUUUGAAGUUAAGAAUAAAGAUAGAAGACAUUA